UGGCCGCGCACCCGGAAGCGGCGGCGGGGCCGCGCCAUGGCGGGGACGGCGCUGAAGCGGCUCAUGGCCGAGUACAAGCAGCUGACCCUGAACCCACCAGAAGGGAUUGUGGCAGGUCCCAUGAAUGAAGAGAACUUCUUUGAAUGGGAAGCCCUGAUCAUGGGUCCUGAAGACACCUGUUUUGAGUAUGGGGUUUUCCCUGCUAUCCUGAGUUUCCCGCUCGAUUACCCGUUGAGUCCUCCGAAGAUGAGGUUCACGUGUGAGAUGUUCCAUCCCAACAUUUAUCCAGAUGGGAGAGUCUGCAUCUCUAUCCUUCAUGCUCCUGGGGAUGAUCCCAUGGGAUACGAGAGCAGCGCGGAGCGGUGGAGCCCUGUGCAGAGUGUGGAGAAGAUACUCUUGUCAGUCGUUAGCAUGCUGGCAGAGCCAAAUGAUGAAAGUGGAGCCAAUGUAGAUGCCUCCAAGAUGUGGCGGGAAGACAGAGAACAAUUCAACAAAAUUGCCAAGCAGAUUGUGCAGAAGUCACUCGGACUUUAAGCUCACAGAGAGACUGAAGUGUUUUGUAUUUCUCUCCACCUGGAAAUGAGCAGUGCUCAGUGCUGGUACCAAAAAGGAAAACUUUGUAAAACUAUUGGCCUAGUUCUUAUGAUUUGUUAUUUAUUUACCAUCUCUUCUCUUCCACUGCUCCAGAGAAGCCUCUAGUUCACUCACUAAAUUGUGUGGAAAAGGGAUUUAAUGGUACAGAAAAAUACAGAGACAAUGCUGUUUCAAAGUCUGCUUGUUGCUACCUUACUUUGUGGUAUGGAAAGCCUGGAGACUUGGCAAUCUGCAGCCCUCCCUCACCCAUCUGCUGCUGGAGAGCAGUGCUGGUUUGGAUCAUCUGCUGGCAGAAUUAGCUGUGUUUUUAUAGGUAGCAUUGCAUCUGGAGAAGCAGUAGACAGGAAUUACUCUAUCCACUCUGUACUUGUUAGGUUAAGGGCAGCAUUGCAGUCAGAUCUGAUUUGAAGAUUGUAGUUAGCAGGAGGGGCUGUAAAGCAGGGCUGUAGUCAGGGAUUGUUAGCAAGGAAAGGAACUUUAGGGAGUGAGCUGUGAGGACUGGCUGGGGAUCUGGAAUAGCCUGGUGUUCCCAUGUAAUGCUGUGAGUUUGUGCUGAGCCUUUGAGUCAGUGUUGGCUUGGCAGAAAUCCCAAGAGCUGCUUUAUUAGUCCUUGAAGGCACUCUGUAAGCUUUACACUCAGAGGCACAAGGUAAAAAGACUGGAUUGUCCAACUUCCUGGCUGAGGUAGGCCAUUGGCAUUUGGAAAAUCCAGUGAGGAUGUGUUUGCUCUGCUGGGCAUGUUCAUAGCUCUGCAGAAAUAUCAGCUUGCUCCGGUGACACCUGGGUGUUGAGAGGAUCUGGCACUGCUUGCCAUUACAACCCUGUUACCCAUUUUCAGGUGAACGAGCCAAGAUGAGCGUGACAGACUUAUAAAAAUGACCUGUGACCCUCUACACUGAGUGCUCUUGUGUAUUAAAUAGGAGCCAGAAAGGAUGAGUUGUUUGCUGAGGACGGUAGGACAUGUUUUGGACUGCAGUGUAGUAGCCAGUGUGAAGGGUGCAGGAAAUACCAGCUGGUCACUUCCUAAAACUGCUGAGGGGCCUCUGCGGACCUUUCUGCUUUGCAAGCCAAAAUGUGUAGGUCCAAAUUUCUCCAAUUUACUACAAGCAAUAACAUGCCCAUUGAUAGCACAUGGAAUCCAAUUUUGUUGGCAGCUUUAAACGGGCUAAAUUUGACAAGGGCUGUUUUUGUUUUUUUUUUUUAAUGUGAAAAAUGAGUGGAAGGAGUCACACCGUGAAGAAAUCUUUACAGAGGUGAUCGUGUGCAUGUGCGUGGUACAAGUGUUCAGCAUUUCUGUCUUGCUGUCUGUGCUGCAGGUCGCACUUUGCCAUGGUUCUGCACCUCUGAAGAGUUGUAUUGCUACAACCUGCUCAUUUUACCUCCUUGUAGAAGUAAUUGUGGCUUUGAUGUCAGGGUGGAAGUGGGACUGGACAUAGCUUGGGAGCAGAGAUGAUGAAACAGUGUCGUACCUAACUAGUAUUUCAAGGCAUACAGGAAAAUGUAGCACUUUAUGCAAACUGGGAGUGUUUUGUUGGAGUAGAGGGAGGAAUCCUCCUGGGAGCACUGCAGCCACCUUCGGGAACAACGCCGGAGAGCCGUGAGAGCCACUGCAGAAACAGACACGGCAAAAGUGGGGUUUGCUUAAGUGCUGAGUGUUUUAUUCAUGUGUGCUUGCUCAUUAUCUUGAUUUUAUGGUGGGAUUUAGUCUGUAUACUGAAAAUAAAGUGAUUAUAUUUUCUCCUUUUUA